AUGGCGAUGAUGAUGACUAGCCGUGUGCUGCUGGCGUGUGCCCUCUGCGUGCUGUGGUGCGGCGUUUCGGUGGCCAAUGGUGAUACUGGAAAUGAUCGCGAGCAUUCCGGCCAAGGUGAUGUUGGGAUUUUUAGUCAUUCUUCUUCCUCGGUUGUGGGUCAUGGGGAUAAUGGAGUUGUAACUGAUGGAAAUUUUCAGGGCAGUGGAAGUCACUCUCCGGGCUUUGCUCCUAAUGGUGGCAAAACUUCACUUACUGGUGUUGUUGAGGGUGUGGGUUUAAAAAGCUCUAAGGAUGCCUUAACUCCUGCAGAAGAAGGCCGUGGAGGAAUGCAGGGUCAGCAAGAAUUAGUGCCCAAAGUUUCACAUCAGCCCGAAGCGGGAACAACAGGGAAAAGCCAUCAUAAUGCGCCUGAACAGUUGCCCAACGCAAGAACCGAAUUAGGAAAUGGUGGUGGUGCAACUGCGGAGGGUGAUGAAGUAAAAACCACCGUGAAGGAUGCACAAUUGGGUAGAUCUUCCACGAACGACAGCCAUCCACCAGCAGCAGACCGAGGGUUGAAGGAGCAGGAAGGCACAGUGAGAAAGGCAACAUCAACAGUGGCAUUAACGCCAGCAGUGGGACGAGAAACACCACCUAAGGCGGACCCAAAAGAGGACUCACCAAAGGAGAAAGCCGCGUCCAGCGCAGGUGUCACGCAAGAUUCACCAACUGUCAGUCAACAACAAACACAUUCUUCAUCAUCCUCCCAAAGUGGAAUUGAUCCGACUUAUACUCCAGGGGAAGGACGCGAUGCGGAGGAAAUUUUCAACAAUAACCAACCAUCUGGUGGGGUAGUGCUGAAAGAAGGAGCACAACAUGAAACUGUUGCUGGCAGUGAGAAGCCAACAAUACCAGCAGCUAACACCCGCAACACAAUUGGCACAACCAUUUAUGGCGACAGCAACAGCAGCACCGCGACAAUUACAGCUUUACGGUCUGAUGCUGGCACGGAAGGCACUCCAACCACCAACCAUCUGAACCGACCCUCCACUGAAGGCGCCACACCACCCGAAACGAAUUCCGAUGGUGAAGCUGUAUCAGCCAACAAAUAUGAUACGGUCUCUCAGAGUACAGGAUCCACAACAGCGCAAACCACAAACGCGAAACCAGGUGACACGGCGAAGCCUGGCGACAGUGACUGCGGCACCGCGGUCUCCCACACCACCUCCCCUCUUUUGCUUCUUCUUGUUGUUGCGUGUGCGGCUGCUGCUGCAGUGGCGGCCGCGUGA